ACAUCUGUUUUGCUGCACCUACUGGUAGUGCUUUUGUUUGCAAGAAAAACAAACUAGUUAAGAGAAUUGUUGUGGACAUUGAUUCUUAAUUUAAAAAAUAUAAAAAAAUACACAAAAUGGAGCAACUAUCGGGUGUUAUGAUUAUUAUCAUAAUAGGAGGUGGAGUGCUGACAUUUGUGAUGCUAUUCAUCUUUGCUAAACGACAAAUUAUGCGCUUUACACUACGUAGUCGACGCGGACCACACGUACCCGUGGGUAAUGAUGCAAAGAAGACACUACGCAAGGAGAUUGAGCGACGACUUGAUUGCAUACAGAAAAUUGCACAGGAGCCGCGUUUACUUUGGACUGAUGAUAAGUAUAUUUUGCGUACAGAUCAGCCAUUACCGCCAUAUUAUUAUCGCAUGAAAGCUGUUGACGAUGUGAAAAUUUUGGAAACGGAAAUAAUGCGUAGCGAUGGUAGCAUGCGGCAUCCUUAUGAUAGUUUACGUGCAUUCCUGCUUACAACACUUGCGGCCACCACACUUAAUGGUACGGGACAGCAACGCAUGAUACAUCAAUUUUGUGAUAUGUAUGAGCACGCACGACACGAUCCCAAUGAAUUUGGCAGUGAAGAAUAUGAAGCAUAUCAUCGUUUAUUGCUUAAACUAAUUGAAGCCGCGAAACAAUUAAAAUCUCUGAUCAGCUCACGGAAAACUUCACCCGCACGCACACCGAAAAAACAAACAAAAAUGCAUUCUUUAUUGGAUCCUGCACGUUUACGUCCACCAACAACAACACCUAAACUACCACCCAAUACUGGUUUAGCUGUUGGACAACAAUCAAAAGUGAAUUUGACUUUAGGUCUACAAGGACGCGAUAUGGAUACAGUAGAUAUAGCACCAAAUCCGUUGCAUUUGCAACCACCAGCUGAGCGUGAUAUAAUAAUACGCAAUCGUAUUAAGACGCCCACAUUGGACGAUGUGGAUGAUGAUGAAAUCAAUAAUUUAGGUGGUGGCGAUGGUAGCAUCAAUGACGCGGUGCGUAUAGAAGAUGUUGAAGGUGAAGAUAAUGAAGUGAUGAGCAUUUCAUCGGUACAAUUUCAACCGAAUUCAAGUGUUGUUUGAUUGCUUGAGUACGCGGCGCGUGCACGUUACAUGGCAAGUGCGUUAAGGCGUCUGCUACCGAAAUGAAAGGAAAACAGCAAAUAAAAAUGCACGAACGGAGUGUCAUACAAGUGUUAUGUGUGCAGUACAAAUCUGCUGUAUGAGAUUAAGACACGGAAAUUUUUGGUUUGUUUGAAUGUAAUUCGGGACACUUUACCGCUCUAAACCAAAGUUUUAAUUUAGAGUAUAAAUAAACGAAAUGAUAAUGGAAUAAUAUUUACAUUAAAUAUUAAUAAAAUAUGCUUAAGCUUAAAAUAGUAAUGUAGUUAUAAAAUAUUUCUUUCAAAAUAAGAUUUAAAAUAAUUCCUAGUAUUAAGAUGUAUGUGGCAAUUCAUUGUGAAAUUGAUUUAUAUGUGUUAUAAUAAAUAUUUAACCGAGAAAUACUGAGAAAC